GCAACGACCCAACGCGCCGUUUGCCACGCGCUGGGCACGCGCCGCGCGAUUUAUGGCACGCAUGGGAAACGCUAGCACAACCCCCGAAGAGACCCUCUUGUCUCAGCACGGCGGCCUGCAGGAGUCGAUGUUCGGCGUCGACGCGCCGCUGUACUGGACGCUCGUCCCCGGGGCUAUCGCGGCCGUCUACGGGCUUGUCCACGUCGCCGCGUGGGACACAGCGUUCCCGAACGCCGUAGAACGCACGCUCUGGCGCGUUACAUCGCUCGCCAUGGUCGCGUGCGGCAUCUUACCGUCCAUCGUACUGGAAUUCCUGAACGAUCUCCUGACCCAGCCCGAAAGUAUGCAUGCCAUCUUUCGGGUCUACUGCUGGUACAUGUCCAAGGAGAAGGGCGUCACGUUUCUGCGGUAUAUUUCCUAUGUGGACCUCUACGCUAGCCUCGCGUUGUAUCCGGUGUUGACAGCCUGUUUGCUUGUAGAAAGUGUGAAGCAGGUGUUCUACCUUCCAGCUGGCGCGUUCGAGCUUCCCGACUCCUCUGUCUAUGUCCCCCAUCUCUCUUGAACUCCCUGACACGGUAUAUUAUA